GAUCUACUUUUUAACUGAGAUUGGCUCAGGUUGUAAUGUCCUUUCAUGAAUGUGGAGGCAACGUUGGUGAUGAUGUUUGUAUACCACUGCCACAUUGGGUGGCAGAAAUCGGUCGAAGCAAUCCUGACAUAUUUUUCACAGAUAGAGAGGGAAGGCGCAACCCUGAAUGUCUGUCAUGGGGAAUUGACAAGGAACGUGUUUUAAGAGGCCGGACUGCUGUAGAGGUUUACUUCGACUACAUGAGAAGCUUCCGGGUUGAAUUUGACGAGUUCUUUGAGGAUGGUAUAAUCUCUAUGAUUGAAGUUGGACUAGGUCCAUGCGGGGAGCUACGAUACCCAUCAAAUCCCGUAAAGCAUGGUUGGAGAUAUCCAGGUGUCGGUGAAUUCCAGUGUUAUGAUCAGAAUUUGUUGAAAAGCCUGAGGAAGGCAGCUGAAGCAAGGGGACACUCUUUUUGGACACGAGGACCAGAUAAUGCAGGUUCUUCCUCAGUUGGUACUCUCAAGUUCUAGUUGACCAUGGUGACCGGGUACUUUCUUUGGCCAAGUUAGCUUUUGAAGGCACUUGCAUUGCUGCAAAGGUGAGUCAGCU